GUGUUCAGUGUUGAUAAUGUGCUAAACCUUUCACUUUGGCUUUGAAGCUGCAAGACUAAAGAGGUGUAUUUUGUUAUUGAAAACCAAGACGACGUUUUCUUCUUCGUCCAAUCAUUGGUUGUUCAUUAUACAAAGAGUUAAAUGACACGUGACGUAUAGUGUCCAUUGUCAUACAAUCUCAUGAUCAACUUCGCUCUACACAUUUGGUAGCGUGCUUAAUAAUCAGGGGAUCAAAAUGACCUAAAGCCAAGCUGUACCCGAACGAAAAGAUAUCAGGAACUUGCAAAUGAGCUUGUCAUAUUAUACCAUAAAGCUUUUCAGAUUAACAAUCAACAACGAUUCAAAAGUUACAGCUUACAAUGAACGCCAGUGAAUAUCAAUCAUUUCCUAGACCUCCUGAGUCAGCCGGACUGAGGACUUUCCAUAUUUUUUAUUUGGUGGUGACAACAGUCGCUAUCAUUGUCGGGAAUGCAUUGGUCAUCAUGGUAAUACGCGUGGAUCGUCGACUUCAUAGUCCGACAUUUUACUUUCUUGGUAAUUUGGCGGUUGCAGAUCUUCUUGUGGGAAUAGGCUAUGUGCCUUUCUAUAUUGUGGCUGUUCUCAAGAAAGCCUGGAUACUUGGGGCGGUGUGGUGUAGAGGCCAUGCCUUUGUAGUGUCAACUAGCUAUAAUGCCUCGCUCAUGACACUUUGCGUUGUGAGUGUGGAUCGGUUUUUGGAUAUAUCAGACCCAUUAAGGUAUUAUGGGCGCAUGACAAAGAAGAAAACUCGCCUUCUCAUUGCAUUUAUAUGGAUUCACGCAGUAUUUUGGGCAACUGGCCCGCUGUGGAACUGGGGUGAGACUGUCUUGGAUCAGUCUACGAACACCUGCCGACCAAACUUUGGCGCCAAAACCGUCUCAGGCAAAGUCUACGCAAUUUGUCUAGCAACAUUUGCAUUUGCAUUCCCAGUGUUGAUCACAAUUUAUACAUACUUUAAAAUUUUCCGAGUAGCCGACGAUCAGUCGAAAAAAAUUGCCAAAGAUUCGACGACGUCACGAACUAGCAUCGGUUCCGAUGAACAUUCGAAGCCUACUCGAGACCGCAAAGCUUAUAAGACAGUUCUUGUAAUAAUUGGUACGUUUGUAAUAUGUUGGCUUCCUUAUACGAUAGGGACGUCCAUUAAAAUAUUAACUGGCAACAAGGAGGCGCCUUAUUGGCUAUCAUAUCUCGGAUUAACAUUAGCUCUUACCAACAGCUGUGUGAACCCAGUGAUUUACACAAUACGAGACAGAAGAUUUAGACGUGGUAUAAAAAAAUUUUUGCGAUCAAGGAGUAGAAUCUUGAGGGAGAGUAAAUACCUGUCACGAAGUGGUGCAACGCCUUCAAACCUAGUGGGGCUUGGCGCAGGAAUAGAAGCAACUUCACCAAGAGUUACUGAUCGAAUAAGACUAACUUCGUUUACAACUCCGGCUGGUAUAAAACCAACUACUAACAGAAGCCAUUCCACUGUUACUGUUAGCUCACUGAACGAUUCGAUAGAGAAAAAUAUGAACAAUACAACUGCAGAUCAACUGUAUAUUCCAAAAGAUCCUGGCUAUAACCCAGGCACUGGUCUCAUCGCUUUUCACGUAACGAUACUGGUGGCAAUAGUUCUUGCUGCGGUUAUUGGAAACGCUGUUGUAAUCAAUGUUGUGUUUCGAGACAGAAGACUUCACAUGCCAACAUUUUAUUUCGUUGUUAACCUUGCUGUAGCCGAUAUCUUAACGACGUCAGUCUAUGUUCCAUUCUACAUUGUGUCAAUCGUCAACCAGAAAUGGAUUUUUGGCGAAACGAUGUGCAAAGCGCAUGUUUUUGUCAUCAGUCUGGGCUUCAAUGCAUCGUUGUUGACCCUUAGUUUUAUCAGCUUUGACCGGUUUUUGGAUAUCGUUUUUCCUUUGUUUUACCUAGAAAUGAUGACAAAAAAGCGCAUGCGUGUUAUGAUAGUACUGGGCUGGGUCCACUCCAUCUUCUGGGCGCUGUGUCCGUGGGCUUUCAAAUGGGGCGAGUACUGGUUCGACCCUCACUCCAGCACUUGCCGACCCAAGUACAACGGCAAAGGAUUGGCGAAUGAGUUAUAUUUGGGUUUCAUGGUGACUUUCUGUUUUGCAAUACCUGUGGUUUCAAUGGUUUACUUCUACACAAGAAUAUUUUCCAUUGUAGAGAAGCACGUCAAAGACAUUGAGCAAAUUUCAAAUUCAGUUGCUUCACUCGCGUCGAUUGGUUCCGUUGAAAGCAGCCCAAAGUUGCCACAAAAGAACCAAUUAACCUUAGUCGACCAACUUCAGUCACCGCCAAGCCCACAACCCCACAGCCCACAACCCCRCAAACCUAAGGAGCUGCGGGCUCAUAACAUGAUCCUAAUCAUCAUUCUGCUGUUUAUGUUUUGUUGGACUACAUAUUCCACAGUUGCCAUGGUGAGAAUGGUUUCAAAAGAUAGCUGGGGUGCGUAUUGGUCGGUCAAUGCAAGCUUGACGUUGGCCAUACUCAACAGUGCAGUGAAUCCACUAGUUUAUGCGUCCAGAGAUCGCAGGUUCAAGAGAGGUUUUAAAAAGAUCUUUUGGCCGAUUUUCUGUAAAUUUGAAAAAUUUAGGAUAACUCUGGCAACGUCAUCUAGCAAUGCGUAUUAAAGGAUACGRCAUACAUCGAGAAUUUAAAAUGAGCAACAAUUAUAAUAAACAAACAAACAAAMAAAKCUGAAAGUGUUAUUGAACUGACAUAGAUGUCAAUCAUCAAUCAAAGUUGAAAGUUUAUUCCCUAACGGGUAUUGUUUCUAGGAUGACAUCAUUCGGAUUAAGAGACCCGAAGUUAUCAAGCACAGUAAGGAGUUUCGUCAGACUAAUUACGUCAUGAUUGGUGACGUUUAUAAAAACAUACAAUUUUAUUCUCUUCAAAGAUACAAUGAAAAGUCAUGAUCAUUUUAACAAAAAACAAACUAAAGAAGUGGUACAAACUGUAGGCAUUUUUAGCAGUUUUAUUCAGAACACGGUAAAAUAUCUCUAUACACCCUUUUAAUAAGUCCCGAGGUAUURYDWUCUCCGCA